AUGGUAUCGCUGCACAAGAUGGGCAUGACACGUGAUGCCGGUAACCUGCACACUGCGCUGUUUUUGCACUACCAAAGUUACCCAGGCGUGGUGUCUGACGUGUGGAUGAAGUGGGGUUUGGACCUUGAUGUGCUGUUCGGGAUCCUCGAUUGCGUUGGAAAGAAGUGUAUGAUGUUACACCGUCUUUUGUAUCCGAGUGGGUUCGCCACAUUGAGCUGUGUCGAACAGUGCGCCUUCAUGCUUUCAGCGUCGAAGAUGCGACGGGACUUUUUUUGCCGACAAAAAGAAGCAGAGGUGGAAGCCUGUAUCAAGAGGUUUAAGAAGUUCGGUGACAACCAGUUCACCGGGGUGCUGGAAAAGCUUUACCAUAAAGUUUCAACAGAAGAUCUGACAAAGGAGGUCGACAUGCGUCUUGAGAACUUGGAAACGAAUAGUUAA